AUGUCUUACCUAGAGCAACUGAUCACGUUCCCAAAUGUCACGCUUGCAGCAAUUGCAGAAUAUUUACUUCUAAUCAAGUCCCUCCCAUCUUAUUGCAGCUCAAAUAGCCAUAUCGGUAUCUUCGCUGCUGUUCUUGUUGUAAACUAUGUCCUUUACGGUGUUUUCUGGGUGGUUGUUCACCCAAGGUUUAUGAGCCCCCUGCGCUUUCUCCCCGGUCCUCGGUCGCUAUUGAGUGUGAUUCACAGGUCACUGCUCGAAACUGCGCGGCCUCCUGGGGAGCUGUACGUUGAUCUUGCCAAUCAAUACCCAAAAAAGGAGCUUUUACAUAUCAGUCUACUCGAAGAACAACUUUUCAUCACGAAACCACGGCUCUUGGCCGACCUCCUUGUUCACCGUUCAUAUGAUUUCAUAAAGCCAUCACAUUUGAGUGGGCUUUUGCGGCACGUGCUCGGCGACGGCCUCGUCAUCGUUGAAGGAAGUCAACACAAAUUCUUGAGGAAGAAUACCAUGCCCGCUUUCCACUUUCGCCAUAUUAAAAACCUAUACCCAAUGAUGUGGGCAAAGUCCAUCUCCCUGACCUUGGCACUUCAGCAAGAACUUACCGGAACUCCUACGGUAGGAGAGAGAGUAGAUUCUGGUGUCAUAGAGCUCACAGCGUGGGCAAGCCGGGUCACUUUGGAUAUUAUCGGAAUUGCAGUUAUGGGUCGGAGCUUCAACAUGCUACAAAAAUCGACUGAUCCGCUGCUGAACAUAUAUGAGCAGCUGCUUGAACCACAGAGGGAGAAAAUUGCUUUCGCUGUUGCCGCAAUCGUUUUUGGCAUGAGAACCGUUCGGUUGCUGCCUUGGAAGAUCAACGCCCGGUUUCGCCAGUUAACAAAUUCAUUGAAUGAAAUAUGUCGACCGAUGAUACAAGAGAAAAGGGACGCAAUAGUUAAGAACGGGGACGAUCAUUUUGAUAUUCUCUCUCUCUUGAUCAAAUCUAACAAUUUCUCUGAUGAAGAACUGAAGGAUCAGCUACUGACUUUCCUAGCUGCUGGACACGAGACAACGGCAUCUGCAAUUACCUGGGCAUGCUAUCUCCUUGCAACACACCAAGAAAUGCAGCAUAAGCUUCGCAAGGAGGUUCUUGAAGCCUUGCCUUCGAAUUCUCUCCUCGACACCUCAGAUAUGGAGGACCUUGCAGGAACCCUUGAACAACUUCCAUAUCUAAACGGGAUCAUCAACGAGACUCUUCGACUUUACCCCACUGUUCCUGUCACUCUACGCCAAGCAAUCCACGACACACAUAUUGCAGAGUACCCUAUUCCAAAGGGAACUGUUCUUGUUUUAUCCAUUUGGCAAAUCAAUCGUUCUACGGAGGUCUGGGGCACUGAUGCGGACAAGUUUAUCCCCGAGAGAUGGAUCACAGAGGCAGGAAAGCCAAAUCAGACAGGAGGCGCCAACAGCAACUAUGAUUUCGUUACGUUUCUGCACGGGCCUCGGAGUUGCAUUGGCCAGAAUUUUGCCAGAGCUGAAAUGCGGUGCCUCUUAGCGGCCAUGGCGACUUCAUUCUCAUGGGAGUUGGCAAUGGACCAAGCAAAGGUUCUACCAAGAGGCGUCAUUACGAUCAAACCAGCCCACGGUUUGUAUUUGAAACUUCAGCCACUGCAGAGGGAAAAAGCAACUCAAGGAUGA